GGAAGUGUCACUGUUGUUACUAUCGGAGCUGGAGCGUCAGCUGACCAUAAAAUAGAGUCAGGUCGUGAAAUGGAUUUAAAUGUCAGAGUAAGUCUUCACGAAAAGACACAAACAACAGACAGGUCCCCCCCAACACACAGCGUCGCAGGAUCUGAACAUCUGGACUGAUCUCUACCAGCUACGGGUUGGAAGUAUUUCCAGACGAUGGCUUCAGAACAACCACUGUCUGCUCUGGACAAGCACAAGUAAACGUCUCUGUUUAACACCUCCUGUCUUGUCUCCUGUUCUUGACACUACCUCAAAAUUCCCUGUUCUCUCUCAUCUUUACUUUCCAAAUCUCCUGUAUCAUUCUAUCUGUAAAAAUGGACGCCCCAGAGCCGGUGCAGCCCAGUCUCAACUCCUCCUAUGUUCCGACUGCUCUCGGCAACCACGACACAUCUGAGGACGAGGACAACGAGGACCUGAGUCCCUCUGCGUCCCUCCUGCCCAAGCCUUCGUCAGUGCCUCUGGCCGUGCGCUACAGUCCGGAGGACUCCUAUUGUCUUGUGUACAUAAUCUUCUUUCUGAUGGGUAUCGGCUCCCUGCUGCCCUGGAACUUCUUCAUAACAGCCAAACACUACUGGCUCUACAAACUGAGUAACAACACUAAUCCCAGCAGCAGUGAGGAUCAACGUUCACAUCUCAGUGACUACUUUGAAAGUUAUCUGGUCAUUGCCUCCACGGUUCCUUCUGUGCUGUCCCUGGUACUCAACUACAUCCUAGUUAACAGGUUGUCUUCGAAUGUCCGGAUCCUGGCGUCUCUCUUUGUGAUCCUGGUGGUGUUUGCGGUGACCACGGUGCUGGUGAAGGUGGACGUGUCAGACAGCAGGGUGGAGUUCUUUGUCGGGACUCUAGUCAGCGUGGCUGUCGUCAGUGGGGCCUCCAACCUCUUCUCUGGCAGCGUGUUUGGCAUCAGUGGACAUUUCCCCAUGAGGAUCUCUCAGGCUCUUAUAUCAGGCCAGGCUAUGGGCGGCACGCUGAGUGCAGUAGCAUCAGUAAUGGACCUGGCGCUCACGAAUGACGUGACAGACAGCGCUCUGGCCUAUUUCCUGACGGCUGACUUCUUCAUUCUGCUCUGUAUCAUCACAUAUCUGCUGCUGCCAAAACUGGCAUAUUCAAGACACUACAUGCUGGCAGCAACAUGCACCAGCGCAGGCGUGAUGACAGAAGAUGGAAGUGACGGCACGGUCAGCAGAGUCUCUACCCCCCCACUGCGUCCCAUCCUGAGGAAGACGUGGGUGCUGGGCUUCAGUGUCUUCUGUGUCUUCUGCAUCUCUAUAACGGUGUUCCCUGCAGUAUCCUCAGGGAUCCAGUCUGUCAACAAGGACAGCGGCAGCCCCUGGACAACCACUUACUUUGUGCCCCUCACCAGCUUCCUCCUGUACAAUCUAGCAGACUUCUGCGGCAGGCAGGCCACCGCCUGGCUGCAGGUCCCAGGCCCCACCAGCCGAGUCCUGCCGGUGCUGGUGCUAUGUCGCACCAUCAUGGUCCCACUUCUCAUAUUCUGUAACUACCAGCCAAGGGACCACAUUCACACAGUGCUAUUCAGACAUGAUGCUUUCCCUGUGCUGUUUAAUUGCAUGUUAGGCCUCUCCAAUGGCUACUUAGGCACUCUACCAAUGAUCUAUGGACCCAAGGUGGUCCCUCGGGAGCUGGCAGAGGCCACAGGAGUAGUCAUGUCCUUCUUCCUCACUCUGGGACUGGCGGUUGGAUCUGCAUUCUCCGUGCUCAUCGUGCACUCCAUCUGAUCAGGCUGUGAGGCAAUAGCCCUGUCAUGUGCAGCGGUAUAAUGGAGCACGACGGAUGAGGUAGAUGGCCCAGUGCUGAUGAAACACCAGGGCUUCAACGCAAAGCACACCAGUACAGACUGGUGUAUUAUGAGGAAACACUGACAUGCUUCUCAUUGUCCCUCUUGUCUAAAAAGCCUUAACUCCUUCAUACCUCAUUAAAAGUACUGAGUUUACACUGAUGUGGCUCAUUAUGAACCAGAGGGGCCAAGCAUAUUAUCUGUACAUAUCUGAAUGAGGAAAUGGGUCCUAAAGCGAGAGUUGCAAUUUAUGCAGUCCAUAAGGGACAAUUCAUUAAACAGUUUGUCAUUUCAUAUUGGAAAUGCAUGUUGUACAGAUAUCUCAAGGUGAUACAGAUUUUGUGAAAGGGGUGUUCAACUUAAAUUAACAAACUUGCCAGUGGUAAGAAAACACCACAUCUUUCUGAGGGACAGAGGUGGGAAAAUGUGUCCAAGUGUGCUCAAUGAACCGGAUGUUGAUUUGUCUGUAACUGAACUGAACUUGAUCACACAUGAUAAACUGAACAUUUCCAAUAACUUGUGGAUUUACUUUAUCAUGCAUUAUAAACCGACAAAAUUCCAACAACUUGUGGAUUUCAGUUAUUUUAAUUGACUCAAUUGAUCACUUGCACUCCAAGUUAAAAGGGUAUUUUGUACCUUGGGCUAAAAGUAGCACUUAAACUGGUGCUUUUAUCAAAAACGACACGUCAUUCUCCUGUAGUGGAAUGGAGGAAAUCAAAUGACCCCCGGACACUAGUUGUCUGUAAUCUUUAGAAAAAGUCAGCUGUUACAUUUGCAGUCAUGGAGCCCCUUGUUAGUAUGAGUUGUUUAGUCCAGUAUCGACCAUGGUGUUGUGACCUGACUGAAGAAAUAAUUAAGCAGAUUGAUUCAUUUUAACAAUACAAGACUUAUUCAGUUUACAGUAAAGGAAAUGAGACUGAAGUGUAUUGGGAUCAUUUUAAUUGUUAAAAAUGUACAGAUUUAAUGGACAGUUUGCUCAGAAUUUGAAGCAGAAAAAUCAAAUUUGAGAUGCUUUUUGCAUUAAUGCAUUUUUGUCUGCAAAUAGAAAUUUAUUUCAAAGAUCAGACUUCCUACUAAAAGUUAUGCCCGUUAUUAACACACUGAGCCAUCUCUCCAUGAGGGGUUUCACCAGGGAAAAGGAUAAGAAAACAGCUGGGGGGGGGUCUGAAGACACAGCAGGACAGCUGAUGCGUAGCCAACAACUUUAAUUUGUGUUCUCACACACAAACACACACACACAAAGACACAACUUUCAACAAGCAAUGUAGGGAAAUAUAACAACUAAAUGUGCUCAGACGCUUGAGCUGCAGGCCACUAUAGACAAAUCACUCCCUCCCCAUCCC